AUACAGACUCUCUCCAGUAAAGACAGGAGUAAAAAAAAAAAAAAAAAGGCAGUUCUCCACUACACAGGAAUACACACCUCCUCACACUUCUGUGGACAUCAAACUGGUGGUAAGACAUCAGUUUAAAUUAGACUUGUAUUUAUACACAAGCUGCUGUUGUCACAUGCCCCAGGAUUAGCUGUCAUUAGCCGUACUGUAUGUGUGGUUGGCUGUGCUUAGCUGCGUAACAGUGUGGUGUGUAAAAUGUCAGUCCUUGUUUGUAUGAAUGCAGCAUGUCCAGAACAGGGCUGAUCAUCACUGACUCUAUUUCACCAGAAAUCAGCAGAGUACUGGGAUUUUAUUAAAGCAAGGCUGUCACUAAACAGGACUGUCAACAAGCUCGACAACAAAAGUGACUGAAAUGUGAUCCCACUGUGGAAAACAGCUCUUCACCCACAGGUCAGUAUAUAUUUACAUUUCAAAGCUGUGAUCGCAUUCAUCUUUUUUUUUUUUUCUCUUUUUUUUUUCAUUAUUUUUGUAUUUCUAUUUUUUUCAAAUGCACUUUUUUGAUUGGUUGAAAAUUUCACAUUUACCUGUUGAAGCUUUUUUGUACAUCUAAAGUUUGAAGUGCACAACGAUUCAUCAACGUUAUGAAAGUAAAACAAAGGAGGAAAAAUCAUCUGCUGACUUCAUCUGUUUUUGAUUUGCUCCGAUCUGGAAAAUAAGACAUUUGAAUAGAAUAGAGCAGAAUAAUAAACUGAUCUGAGACAGUCGAAUGUUGCAGAUCAAAUUCCCUUAAUGAACUAAACAAGUCCUCUGGUCUGCCUUCUUUACACCAUAGAUAGAAGUAAUAAAACAUAGAUGUGGUCCUCUGAGAUUGGACUUUGUGCGGAGGCUGUAGAUCACAGAUCAUCACAGAGCCCAAACCUGCUGCCAGAAAGAAGAAUUAAGCUCUCACUCCCCAAAAGUAACGUAUCUGUACAUUUCUGUGAAUGGACAGACUUACUAAAGAGGAUCAGCUCCAAUUUACAAGUAAAUCCCAGCCCUCACUUCUUUAUCCACCUGUGAGUAUUUUCAUCCUUGAACAUUUGUGGCCACCAAUGAGACGAUGUUUAAAACGGUAAAAAAUGAAAACUCUGUCGGUGUCUGUUUCAUCUUGAGUAUAACAACAGCAUUACAGAUGCAUCAGGCACAGACAGAGGGAGGCAGAAAAUGAACAAGCAACUUCUCAUGGUGGUCUGCAGAACUCCACCAAUGGUUUAUGCUCUCUGGGUAAACAUGUAUUUAUACUCUUCCUGCUUAUAGGGUCACAUAUGAGAGCAACAGCCUUUCUGUGUAACAUUGUAAUUUUGUUACAGUAUGGAGACAAGGGAGCAGGGUAAGCUGGCCCUGAACUUUUUACCUGGAAAGUUUUGACAAAUAUGUCAGGAGCCACUGUACUGACUGGAUUUUUACAGAGACUAACUUUAAUUUAAGAGUUAAAGUCCCACUCCAAUGGUUUUUUUUUCCCACUACUUUAAGUAUUACCAGUGGUCCUUAAAUUGUGAUUAUGAAGUUUUUAGACAAAAUCAGGUUAUCUGUGUCAUCUCCAGUAGCUCCAGUAGCUCAUUAGCUAUUCACCUCUGAUUCGUGGGGGGAGACAGACUGCUCUGCACACUCCUUUUCAUGCUGGCUUGCAGCCUAAUAUUGCUAGUGUAGUAGAAGAAGCAGGUAACAUAGGAGCUAUUCAGCUCUUGGACACUAAUGUCUUUAGGGACAUGAUGAAAGCUAAUAUCAUAAUUAGCUUUCUUACGAGCAUUGCAAUCUGCUAAUGCACACGAUCCGCGCUUGUCCUCUCUACUUGUUGGAGUCUGGCCUGCAUAGCUGAGUGCCGGGGGCGGAGCUUGGAGUUGUGACGUAGGAAAUCUCCCCGUAUCUGAGCCUGCUGUUUGGGUCUGUGAGAGGUUCACAGCAAUUUGAAUGGUCAGCAUUAAAUGGUUGGUCAGCAGACCAAAGAUCUAAACUUGAUUUUAAAGUUUAGUCCUCAGAGAGGGACAGUCUGGAGAGCAUCUCUAACUGUAAUGUUGUUGAACACAUAGCUGCUAACAAAAUCCCCAGUUACCUGCACGCGCAGUAAACUGUGCAGGAUCUCCUUAUAUCAAACCUGUUCUUAUUUUAAAACUCAUUAAAAUAAAUGCUGAACACAGAGCCAAUCGAAUUGUACGAAUAUGGAUGAUUAAAUCACAUCAACAUAAUUGGAUAUCGUCCAAUUUGUAGAUCAGCCGUGGAUAAUGUGUCCACUCACAGAGAACUAGUCGAAAGACUGUCGUAAACGGAAUGAUGGGAUAUGACCUGAACAAAGUAAAUGAGUGUCUGCAUUAGACACCCUAUAGAUAGAUAGAUAGAUAGAUAGAUAGAUAGAUAGAUAGAUAGAUAGAUAGAUAGAUAGAUAGAUAGAUAGAUAGAUGUCUUUACAACAUUAAACUCUGUAAAGUGGUGAUUUUCCUAUUAUACUAGAAAAAAAGAAGAUGACUUUGCUCAUACUUGUGCUUAUCUGUGUCGAACAGAUUAAAAUGCUCCUGACAUGAGUAACUGGCCUCUGAUAAAGCAGACAUGACAGCAGAGGAAACUCUGGACUCAUGGGUAUCUGGUCCUGUGGAGGAAGUAAAGUUAACACCUGAACAAGGGCUGGAGGAGGAACUCAACAGAUUCAACCAAGUAACGCACAGUCAGGCGGACACACCGACUGAGGACUCUGACAGGUAACAUGGAUGAUUUAACAACAACAACAACAACAUGUAUUGAUUCUUCCUAAAACAAAUAAGAAGUGUUUUUAUUCUGUGGUCAGAUUUAGAGAUGCACAAAAAGCAGUUAGGGAUUUGCAUGGACAGAGUGAGUAAAAUAACAUCAGGUCAUAAUGAACUCAAUGUUAACAUAACUAAAGAUCUGUCAGUGGAUUUUUACACGUAUACUUCUGAUUUCAGUCAAUUUAAAUCCACUUCAGUGGGACAGAAGUUUUAAUUUAAGGACCUUACAUCAGAAUUACUGAGUAUCAAACUUUCCUCUGAGUCUGUAUGGAGGAAUCCACACCUGAAACCGUGCACAGUGAUGAAUUUACACAGACAGAGAUGUUUCCUUCAGUGGUUCUAUCACAGGAAAAUGUGUUUGAAGACUUUUCACAGAGCUGCAUGUACAGCUCUGUCAGGUCAGUGGUAUGGUCUUUUCUGGUGUGUGUGCAGGGAGGAGUUGUUCUGCAGGAUCUGCCAUGAAGGCGGGAUAUCAGGGGAGCUGCUGUCCCCUUGUGAGUGCUCUGGAAGUCUGGCCAUGGUGCACCAGGCCUGUCUGGAGCACUGGCUCACUGCCUCCAACAGCAGCCACUGUGAACUCUGCCACCAUCAGUUUGCACUGGAGCGUCUGCCCAAACCUCUCACUGAGGUAGGCCUUUUUAACUUUUGAACCCUUUCCUGUAUAUUAGAAACUACCCUGAGCUUUUCUGUAUACAUUUCUUUCAACGUUUCAUUUGUCCAGCCAUGAUCCAUAUUUAAUGACACUUGAUGUAAACUUCACAAGGACUCAGCACUUAAGAAACCCGGCAGUCCCCGGCCCAUCAGCCAGCUCAUGUUUAUUUGAUCUGGAAAGAGGAAGGUGAAGUGGUCUGGUGAAACCAGGCUGGCAUUAAGGCUCACAAGCAGGGGCGAUCAUCUGUGGACUUAGUAUAUUUUGUUCUUGGUGGGACAACAACAGAUGAAAAAAAAGAUGAAAUUAUUAUUUUUUAAAUCUGAUAGAAAGUUGCUAAGAAGGAGAAAAGAGAUUCUGAAUGUCAAUGGGUUUAUUUCCUGGUUAAAUAAAGGUUACUAACUAACUAACUAACUAACUAACUAACUAACUAACUAAUAUUUGACCCUUUUUCUGGCACAUGUCCACAAUCUGUAUCAUCUGAGUAUAGUUUGGUCUCUGGGACCUCAAAGCAAGUGAACAUAUGAUAUUCAUGUCUUCCUUAUUAUUUUAUCAAACACUCUGAGGCCAGACUAUAAAGAGUGUUCAGGCACUUCUGUUACUUCAUAUAGUUAACUGCAUACUUCUGAAGACAGGUGACCACUCACUUCAGUCAAAGUGAUAGAGGUUUGAAGUGUGAUCAUUUCCUCUGUAACUUAAUACUAAUAAUACUUCAACCAAAAUGAUGCACAUUAAAGUGAACUGUAAAUAUCUUUUCUGUGCUCUGAUAAAAAGCACAAACAUUCUUUCCAGGACAGCUUACCAACCAUCCAUUAGAGGCAAAACAGCCCUGACCUGAUGAUGGGACAUGGAUUACUGAGCUGUGCUGUGGUACUGGCAGCAGUAGGUUAGCCGCAAAUUCAUUAAAACAACAUCCAACAGAUAAUGAGUUUGAAGGUUUGGACUUAAUCAUGUCCAACCGUCCUUCACAGCUCCAUGAUUGUAACUGUGGACACUGAAAACACCAACGAUGGGCUGUAUUCACACAGCCUUGUAACUUCAAACUGUCACGCAUUGAGAUCUUUCAAAGACCCACUCCAAUGAAAAUCCUGUUUUUCUUGUUGUCUACAUGUUCAUACGGCAUUUUUCUGAUGCUACAGGACAUAUGGGAAAAAUAAGUGCGAAAUUGUAUUUCUAAGUAUUUUUGCAUUCAAAUCGCUGUGUAUCUCUAACAGACCCAAAUGGCAGGUUCAAAUACAAUGAGAUUUCCUACAUCACAAUUCCAAGCCCCGCCCCCAGCGCCCCACUGUGCAAGCCAGACAAGGAGAAAUGGAGAGGACCAUAGCGGAACAAGCGUGUGCGUUAGCAGAUUGCAAUGCUCGUAAGAAAGCUAAUUAUGAUGUUAGCUUUCAUCUUGUCCCUAAAGACAUUAGUAUCCAAGAGAUGAAUAGCUCCUAUGUUACCUGCCACUUCUACUACACCUGCAAUGCUAGGCUACAAGCUUUGUGAAGAGGAGUGUGCAGAGCAGUGCUGUCUCCGCCCACGACUCAGAGGCAAGCUGUUAAUGAGCUACUGGAGCUCUGUAGAAGAAAAGCCCUUAAAAAUGACACGGGUAACUUGAUUUUGGCUAAAAACUUCAUAAUCACAAUUUAAAGACCACUGAGAACACUUUAAGUAGUAAAAAAAAUUAUAAUCAGAGUUAGCCCCACCCAUCUGUCCUGUGUCCACCACACCAACUUCAAGAAUAAGAAGUUUGCUGGCAGCCUUACAUAUCUCACCCCUCCUCAGAGGUGCCUGUGUAAAGAGUUAAUCGUGUUAUUCAUUUCACUUGUUACUGGCUGAUCAGUCUGUAAGGCAGGGAAGUUCAGUUUACAGAAAACAGUGCAGUCAAACUACCCAAUUUAGCUGGAAAAAAAGGAUUGGUUUGGAUACGAUAGUUGUUUGGAGACUCUUAUCAGUGGCACAUGUGCCUGUAGUUUUGGGUCUGACAUGGAGUCAUCCUAAAGUAGAAAAGCAACUUAAGCUGAAAGGCCUUAAAGACCCUUAUCAAAGCUGUCAAAUACAGGGCCCUAAUAAAAUACAUAUGUAACAACGCACCACAUGGUGUCACAUGACUUCUGAUCAAUAAGGAACACGUGUGCACUGUGACAUGGUAACUCAUGCAGCCUCCACGUUAGAGGACAUGCUGCUGCCUGCUGGACUGCUGGAACCCACAAAGCCACUUAGCCUGAGAGCCAGAUUAGAUGGCUCCUCUUACUGCUCUGUAGAGGACACUGCAAUUGGGUGUAUUAGUGGCCACCUCCACUUCCUCAGUGUGCUACAUGUGUGGUUACAGCCACUAAUCUGCUGAUUAAGCACCAUGUGCCCUGUCAGGUUAAGCUAGACUAUGAACAGCAUCAACCUUUUAUCAGGCAAUGACUUGCACAGAUACACAGACAGACUUUUCAGUGGUAAUGUAGUACAUUAUCACUGUAAACCUGCAAGUUUUCUGUCAUCUCUGACUUUUUAUCCCCUUAGAGAAUCACUUAAUCUGUGUUAGUCUGUGUCAGAUCUUUAUUCUUCAACAUAAACACUUUCCUUAACCCAUCAACAUGGGCACACACGUCUGAUCAGAAACACUCUCAAGAAGUCCUGUUACUUAACACAUGAAUAUUCCAUUUAAUUGGAGCUCAAACCAAGACUAUGAUUAUUAUGAUUAUUAAGUGUAGAAAUUAUUAAGAUUUAAGCUUGAUCAUUCAUCGGCUGCUUGUUUGUUAUUAAAUUGAAUAUAAGUUUCUACUGAUGGCUGUUUAACAAUUAUAAAUGGUCUUCUGCAGUUAUAUAGUUUGUAUGGGUUUUUUUGACCACAAGUAGGAGCAGGGACUUCUUUUCAAGGGAUUAAGUGGUUCCCAUGAGCCAUUGUAGUCCUGGCUGGAUAAUGCAGAUCAGGCCUGAGUGGAUAACAUCAGGUUCCUGAUAAUAUUUGCUCUUGUGCUCCUUCUUCUUGUUCAUCCUUUUAUCUGCUCAUCUGAUGUUGAUGUGUGAAUGUGUACACUGGUCUAUAUUGUAAAUAAGACUGUUUCCUAAUAAAACUGUUGUAACACCAAAAAGCAAAUUACAAUUUCAGUUUCCCAUCAUGAUAGUUGCUGUAUUGUUAUUAUUGUUGGGCUCAUGACCUCAGUAAGAUCUGAAUGCAGCAGUUUUAUGAAGUCUGAGCAGUAUUUGUUUUGAACUUCCUGCUUCAUCACUUUACAGGCUUCAAGUCUUAAUCUCCACCUGCUGGCCAAAUGCUGUAUUUGUUCCCUCGGCUGAAAAGAGUUUUUCCUGUCCACAGUGUUUAAGUCUGGCAGUGAUACUUCUGUGACACUAGGUCAAAGUUGUCUUGUUUUCUGUUAACGUGUCUGCACUGUCUGUCUCUCCACAGUGGCUGGGUUCUCCAUCUGUGCAGCAGCAGAGGAGGACACUGUGUGGUGAUGCUGUGUGUUUCCUCUUCAUCACACCACUGGCCAGCCUAUCAGGGUGGCUGUGUGUUCAGGGAGCCAGAGACCUCUACUACACUAAUGGCAUGGAGGCCCUGGGGCUCCUUGUUCUCACACUGGCCCUCUUCACUAUAUAUGUCUUCUGGACUGUGGUGAGUUUAGAACCUGAUCUGAUAACAGCAUGUGUCGCUCAAAAGUCCUUCCUUACCCUCAGAGCAGUCUUGAUAGGUGUGACAUCCCCAAAAUGUCCUGAAAGAUUUUAGUGAGCUGCCCUUAACUGGUCUAAAAAUAUUUUAAAAAGUAUUUAUAAAUAAAAAUAUCAUGGGGUGGCUGUGAUUUAUUACUGGCAAUUGAAGAGUCGAGAUUAUAAUCCUAGGUCCUGCGGUCUACAUGCUUAAAUGUCCUUGAGCAAGACUUAAUGUGUGAAUGGUUUUAGUCAAAACUGACUGUGCUUUACCCAGCAGCCUCUACCAUCAGUUUGUGUGAACAGAUGAAUAAGAUGCAAAAGUGCUGAGUUACCAUACGAGUCCAUUUUGGUCCGAUACAGUAGUAACUCUCAUCUUUGGCAGUGUUGUUCCAGAUUCAAAGCAGAAUGCCUCGUCUCCUAAAACCUCCUGCCAGUUUAGGGAGGAGGUUAUUGGUGAGUUGGGUUUGGGCAACAAAUAAAUGUGAACAGGACCAAAGAAGAUCUAUUUAAUCCUUAAAAAAAAUAAAAAUUCAAUAUCACAUUUGAAAUACUUUUAUCUCUUUUUUUUUAUAUCCCCCACACUCCGCCUUACAACACUGUAUUGUGUCUAACCUAUAAAAGCUGAAUUAAGGAUGUUUUGUGUCUUCCAGGUGUCUCUGCGCUAUCAUAUGCACCUAUUUAUGACAUGGAAGACAACAGACCAGAGAGUGCGACUGCAGGUCCCUCUGCCCACCAAGACUACACAAAACCAACAGACCCUGCCCAUAAAUGCACUCAAUAAAGCCACCAACAAAGAGACAAUGGUAUAA